AUGAAUUUUCUCCUCCAUCUCUAUGAAAUUCGCCAGACCCCAACCACCGCCCAGCAUGUUUAUGUCAAGAUCAGAAUACGGCAAGCUUCCACCCCUCCCGCACUGCGCAAUCCCGCAUCUCUUUGCGGGCAUGGUCUACAAAAACGACAAGAGACUUCAUUUUCUUUGGCUAACACACCUUGUGACCCCGAUGCAGACCGCGGCAUCAACACCUUCUCCCCCGAAGGACGCCUGUUCCAGGUCGAAUACUCGCUCGAGGCUAUUAAACUGGGCUCCACGGCCAUUGGCGUCGCCACCUCCGAGGGUGUCAUCCUCGGUGUCGAGAAGCGCGUCACAUCGACCCUCCUCGAGACGUCAUCCGUCGAGAAGAUUGUCGAGAUUGACCGCCACAUUGGAUGCGCCAUGUCUGGCCUCCAGGCCGACGCGCGCUCCAUGAUUGAGCACGCCCGCGUCGAGUGCCAGAACCACCACUUCAACUACAACGAGGCCCUCGGUGUGGAGAGCACCACCCAGGCCAUCUGCGACCUGGCCCUGCGCUUCGGCGAGGGCGCCGACGGCGAGGAGACCAUCAUGAGCAGACCCUUUGGCGUCGCCCUGCUCAUCGCCGGCCACGACGAGAACGGCCCCCAGCUGUUCCACGCCGAGCCCAGCGGCACCUUUUACAAAUACGAUGCCAAGGCUAUUGGCUCCGGCUCAGAGGGUGCCCAGGCCGAACUUCAGAACGAGUACCACAAGUCUUUGACUAUCGUCGAUGCCGAAACUCUCGUCUUGAAAACCCUCAAGCAAGUCAUGGAGGAAAAGCUCGAUUCCAAAAAUGUUCAGCUCGCCAGCGUCACCAAGGAAAAGGGCUUCAGAAUAUACACGGAUGAGGAAAUGGCCGCUGUCGUUGAACGACUACCAGCAAAUUAG